UGCCAUCAACAUAAUAGUAUCUUUAUUAUUCUAACUUCAAAAACUUAAAUAUUAUAUUUUUUUUUUUUGCCGUGUCAGUUUGUAAGUCUACCGUAAUGUUGUAACAUUCGUUUUAUUUACAGCUCGUGGCCUAAUAUUAUGGCCUGUAAUUAAAAAUACUUCAAAUACGUCCGGCACUCGUGGAUCAUAGGCAUAUUAAAAUGUAGAAUAUCUGAAUAGUACUAUUAUCUAAUAUUUAUAUUCUAUUUAUAUUAAGAAUAAUUAUAUAAUAUCAAACUUAAACGAAUGCUUUUUGUUAUUCAUCAACAAUAAUAUAUAAAAUACCGAUCUGCACAAUGUCUCAAAACGAAGUGACGUUUGUAGAUGAAGAAAACUUCAAGUCAUUAGUAUGUCGAAGAUUAGUUGAAUGUGGUUGGAUGGAUGAAGUGACCAUGUUAUGCAAAGAAAAGCUAAAGGACCGUUUAUCUAAGGGACAAAAAGUUCAAGCCAUAACUGAAAACGAUUUAUUCAAUGAUAUUGCCCCUGAUGCUAGAAGGAUGUUACCAGACACAAUCAAAAGAGAAUUAAAAGUAAAAGUACAAAAUAAAUUACUACAAACAGCCGGAUAUUUUGAUGAAACAGAUAGUGAAUCUUAAGAUACAAGUCUUGCUCUAAUUUGUACAUAUAGAAAAAUAACAACUUUGUUUUUAUUAAAAUAAUCAAUUUAUCUUAAGAUGAAAACAAAUCAUUUUGCUUUUAAGUAGAGUUAAA